CAAAUGGGGAUUCCCACAGAGGAGGGAGGGCGGGGGCACAGCCCUGGAGGGAGAAGUUUGAAUGCCAGCAUUGACAGCACCACCAACGCCUCCGUUAUGUGCAUUUCUACGCUUUGAAGGCCACCUCGCUUCUGUCGCUUCGAACUCGGAUUGAGUCGGUGCGUAGGAUUUCGCCGGGGUUUACUCGUGGUGCUGCGGAGUUUAUUCUCUUCCCAUUUCUUCUUUGCUCCCUCAGAAUUUCAGCUUUCCAGGGAGGAUCACGGGGUUUUUAUCUGUGUUCGAUCUUUUUGGUAGCGAUCAUGCACGAUGCUCGGCUUGCGGGUAGGCUGCAGAAGGAGCUAAAGAUGUUGCAAGACCCUCCUCCUGGAAUUUGCGUCUGGCCAGUUGACGAGCGUAAUCUGGCGCUCCUUGAAGCCCAGAUACAGGGGCCGGAUGGAACUGUGUACGCCAAGGGCAUAUUUAAGCUCGAGGUCGAGAUUCCAGAUAGGUUACAGGAGUGACAAUUUUGCGCUUACAGGCAGGUCCUUUCCGUUGUCAUUCAGGUAUCCGUUCGAGCCACCGAACGUGAAGUUUAUCACUCCUGUGUACCAUCCAAAUAUUGACAGUGGCGGUCGCAUUUGCCAUGACAUUUUGAACAUGCCUCCCAAGGGGCAGUGGAGGCCAUCACUCAAUAUCGGAGCAGUUCUGGCAAGCAUUCGUGUACUUCUUGAGGAACCAAAUCAUGACGAUGGCCUGAUGAGCGACAUCUCUGCAGAAUACAAACACAAUCGAGCCCUUUUUGAUGACAAGGCUAGACGAUGCACUGAGCGCUAUGCUGUACAAAAUUCAACAGAAAGGAAUGUCGUAUCGUGUCGUGACACCCAUCAGGGCCAGAGUUCUGAGGCAGUAAGCCAAGAUGGUCUUGCAAGACCAGUUCUGAAUGGGGUCGACAGUAUCGGGGCUUCCAAAGUAACACUCGACGAACCAAGUACAAGGGCAUCUGGGGAGGCUACUGCCAAUAUUACUCAAGUCAAGCCACGUCAGAACUUCGCUGCUAAACUUUCCCUGGCAAAGGGAUGCACUACGCAGGGGUCACGUCUGUGUGGUAUUGGGGGAGCUCGUGAGGCUGAACCCAUAAAUUCAUCGAGCUUCAUCUCUGAGAAAGACAAAGUCCGUGAAACGGACACGAAGUGUGAUCCAGUUGGAAAAGAUGUCUCACAAGCAGAACUGAAUGGAGGAAGUGUUAGCAAAGUGGACAUUCGCAAACUUGAGGGUGUUCCGACAAUCAAUGCUUUGAUGGAAACAGACGGAGUUCGGUUAGAUACUAAAGCUGCGGACUACACGAGAAAGGAUAUUGCAAGCUGUAGCGUCACAAAGGACAAUCAAGCUAAUGCAGAGAUUUCCGUUUCUCAAAGUAGUCAAAGAACAUCCAUAGCAGACACGGGAAAGAGGUUGAUGCUUCCAAAGACGAAGCUACUGAAAUUGUCUCGCCCUGUAUCAAUGGCUUCACAAAAUGAUCAAGUUAGCACUCAAUCUGGAGGUAUUCUGCAGAGCUCUGAUCAGCCUAGGGAAGUGACAAAAGUAUCGAACGAGCCUAUUAUCAUUAUUGACUCAGAGAGCGAUGACGAAAACUACAGGGUGCAAGUUCGUUCUGAAGGUGUAAAGCGGAAGCAUGGGUGUGCAUGAUCGUUGGGCUCGGAUAGAACGCCCCUUUGCUCUGUCACACUUUUCACCCAAUUUUGACAUGCAUGUGAAAAGCAUGUUUUUCCGAGUGUAGAGUUUGCCACUAGCAACGGUUUUUUUCCGAGAAUCAAGAUUUUCACCGACAUUGAGAGGGGCUGGAAAGGUUUUGAAUUGAAGUAGAGAUUUUAGUUAUCUGCGCUUGCCACCCAUUUUCUAGCAUUGUUACUGUGUGGCUUCGAUGAUUAUUAUGGUGGACAUAGCACGUUAUUAUAGCUUGAUUUUUGGUACGUACAGAUGGUGGUUGUCUUUGUGAAAUAAACAUAUGCAAUAUAAUGAGGACAACUGAUUGAUUUGGUUAUAA